AUGUAAAUGUUCCAAGAAUCAGUCGAAAUAGUUGACAAUUUUAAAUGUCAACAAAACAAAUAAUGAAAAAUAUGUUUUGUUUUAAAGUUUAGUAAAAUGACUGAUAGUGAACCUCCUAUAAAGAGAUAUAGGCGAGAAGAAAAUAGUAAUUCCGAAUCUGAAGAUGAUUAUGUUCCUUAUGUCCCUGUUAAAGAAAGAAAACAACAACUACUCAAGUUAGGUCGACUAGGAAAGUUGAAGGAAGCUGAACAGAGUAAACCAAAAUCUUCUAGCGAAAACGAAACUAACGAAGAUGAAGAAGAAGAUGAAAUUUGGGGAAGAAAAAAUAAUAUUCCUCUACUUGAUCAACAUACAGAAUUACGCAAACUUGCAGAAGCAAAAAAAGUUAGUGCAGUAGAAAAACAGUUGAAAAAAGAGGAAGAAAUCUUAGAAAUUGUUGCCGAAAAGAAAGCUUUAAUGGGGGUAUCAGAAUUAGCCAAAGGUAUUCAAUAUAGAGAUCCCAUAAAAACAAGCUGGUGUCCUCCUCGAUACAUUCUACAAAGACCUCCUACGAUUCACGAUAAAUUGAGAAACAGUCUACGCAUUUUAGUAGAAGGAGAAGAUAUACCACCUCCAUUGACAACUUUUAAAGAAAUGAAACUACACGAAGGUAUUAUUGCCGCAUUGAAAGAAAAACAUAUAAAAAAACCGACUCCCAUACAAAUUCAAGGAAUACCUACUGUAUUAUCAGGCAGAGAUAUGAUUGGUAUAGCAUUCACUGGAUCGGGUAAAACAUUAGUAUUCGUUUUACCUUUGAUAAUGUUUUGUUUGGAACAAGAAGUAAAAUUACCGUUCAUCAAAGACGAAGGUCCUUAUGGUUUAAUUAUAUGCCCAUCGAGAGAGUUAGCGAAACAAACUUAUGACAUCAUCCAACAUUAUUCGAAUAGUUUAUCUAAACACGGAAUGCCUUUAAUAAGAAGUUGUUUAGCGAUAGGAGGAGUACCAGUUACAGAAGCUUUGGAAGUUAUCCAAAAGGGUGUUCAUAUUAUGGUAGCGACCCCCGGUCGUCUUAUGGAUAUGCUCGGAAAGAAAAUUGUGAAGUUAACAGUCUGUAGGUAUUUGUGUAUGGAUGAAGCGGAUAGGAUGAUCGAUUUGGGAUUCGAGGAGGAUGUUAGGACUAUAUUUUCUUAUUUUAAGGGUCAGAGACAGACAUUACUGUUUUCUGCAACAAUGCCUAAAAAGAUACAAAAUUUCGCCAGAUCUGCACUAGUGAAACCGAUAACGAUAAACGUGGGACGAGCUGGAGCUGCAUCUAUGAAUGUUAUACAGGAAGUGGAGUAUGUUAAGCAGGAAGCCAAAAUUGUGUAUUUAUUGGAAUGUUUACAAAGAACCCCGCCUCCGGUAUUAAUAUUUGCAGAAAAGAAACAGGACGUAGAUGCCAUACACGAAUAUCUAUUAUUAAAGGGAGUGGAAGCUGUAGCUAUUCAUGGAGGAAAAGAUCAGGAAGAGCGAUCUCGUUCUGUGGAAGCAUUUAGAAAACAAGCCAAAGAUGUAUUGGUAGCAACCGACGUGGCGUCUAAAGGCUUAGAUUUUCCUGAUAUACAGCAUGUUAUUAAUUAUGACAUGCCCGAUGAUGUAGAAAACUAUGUUCACAGAAUUGGUCGUACCGGUAGAUCCGGAAAUAAAGGCUUAGCGACUACAUUUAUAAAUAAAUCGAACGACGAAUCCGUACUUUUGGAUCUCAAACAUUUACUAAUGGAAGCAAAACAAAAGGUUCCCACAUUUUUGGCCGAUUUAUGCUCGGAAAGUGAAAAAUAUUUGGCGCUUGGAGGCGAACAUGGUUGCAGUUAUUGUGGAGGUUUGGGGCAUAGAAUUACAGAUUGUCCUAAAUUGGAAGCUCUUCAGAAUAAACAAGCAUCUAACAUCGGAAGAAGAGACUACUUAGCUAACACAGCUGCUGAUUAUUAGAAAUAUGGUAAAUGUAUUUUUUAAUUCAAAAUAAAUGAUUUUUAUUGUU